GACAAAAGCAACCAUAAGACGCGGAAUGGCACUCCACGGAGUUUUGCCGUUAGGGCUGCUAAUCCUUUUUGUAUCACUGAUCUCAGCGAGGGAUAUUCGGUCCCUUGCAGGUUCUGAAACAACACAUCUUCAAACGAGAGAUCUGGAAGCAGCCGCUUCUCACCACCACGAGAAGGGCGGAGGUGACGAGCACCACGAGGACCAUCACCACGAACACGGUGAAAAGGGUCACAAGGGUUACGAGGGUCAUCAUCACCACGAGAAGGGCGAAAAAGGUCACCACGACAAGGAUCACCAUCAUCAUCACUAUCAUGACCAUGGCGGUCAUAAAAAGCACCAUCACCAUGACGAUGGGCAUCAUCAUGAACAUCACAAGGGGGAGAAAGGUGAGAAAGGUCAUAAAUUUCACGAAAAGGGUCAUUAUGGAAAGGGUCAUAGCACCAAGGGUCACCACGAAGUGAAAAAGCUAGACGAGUAUAAAAAGGACAAGCACUUCCACGAUGAGCAUCACGAUGACGGACAUCACGAACACCACGGAGGACAUCAUCACGAACAUGGCCACAAGAAGGGCCACCACCACAAGAAGGGUCAUCAUCAUAAGGGUCAUCAUGAGGGACAACACGGAAAGAAGGGUCAUCAUCAUAAGGGUCAUCAUCAUCACGAUCAUAAGGGUCACAAGGAUGAAGGUGGACAUCAUGAACACCAUCAUCAUCAUCAUGGUCAUGGCAAGAAGGGUGGACACGAAGACCACAAAAAGUGGCACUACAAGAAGGGACACUAAACUCUUCACGAUACCACCAGAAUGUUUAGGAAAUAGAAAGCUCAAACAGAAAAAAAUAGGAAGAAAUUUGACUGACUUUAUGCAAAUCAUAAAUGUUGCAUUGUCAUAUGCGGAGUUGUUAUUUGUUACUCGUUACCUGUUGAUUUAUUGUAACGCAUUGACUUUUUUUGUUAACUAUU